AUGCUGGCGACCAUCCUGUUGCUGCUGGCCCUGGCCAAGCCGACCUGCCCGAGCUCGGCUGGUGCGGGGAGCCGGAGAGCUGAGGCACUGAAGAGGCUGCUGGAAGUCUUUGGCAUGGAAGACCCUCCCCCGCCUCCGGCACACGUCAAGCAGCCACCCCAGUACAUGGUGGAUCUAUUCAACACUGUUGCCAACGCAGAUGGUGUCACCAAGAACCCUGACAUCCUGGAGGGCAACACUGUCCGCAGCUUCUUGGAUAAAACUCACGGUGAAAAGAUGAGGUUCCUCUUCAUGCUCUCCAGCGUGGCCAAGAAUGAGAAGAUCCUGACAGCUGAGCUGCAUCUCUUCCGCCUCUGGCCAAGGCUCACUGACGGGCCCAAAAGGCAUCACUUCUGCCAGGUCACCAUCUACCAGGUGCUGGAGAGCGAGCCGGAGGUGCCGGGAGGGAAGAAGCUGCUGGCAGCCAGACUCGUCCCACUGCAGGGCUCGGGCUGGGAAGUCUUUGCCAUCACACAGGCUGUUCGAGACUGGACCGAGGAUGAAAGCAGCAACCAGGGUUUGCUGGUGACAGUCCAAAGUGUGGAUGGGAGCCCUCUUGACCCCCCCCCACUGCAGUUUGCAUCCAGCAUGGACCACCACGACAGCAAGAAGCCCAUGCUGGUCCUGUUCACAGAUGAUGGGCGCCGGGGAGCAUCCCUGCCCAUGGCUGACUUUUCAGACGUGCAGCCCCGGGCUCCCGUGGCCCCUGCCCAGCUGUCCGUGCCCAGGCUGGGUGCGCCCCGCAGCGCUCGCUCGCUGGACCGGCUGCAGCCCUGCCAGAAGCACCCUCUGUCUGUGGACUUCGAGGAGAUCGGCUGGGCGGGGUGGAUCAUCUCCCCCCGCGGCUACAACGCCUACCACUGCAAGGGCUCCUGCCCCUUCCCGCUGGGCGAGAACAUGCGGCCCACCAACCACGCCACCGUGCAGUCCAUCAUCAACGCCCUCAAGCUGAGCCAGGGCGUCAGCAGCCCCUGCUGCGUGCCCGACAAGCUCUACUCCAUCAACCUGCUCUACUUCGACGACGACGAGAACGUGGUGCUGAAGCAGUACGACGACAUGGUGGCAGGGAGCUGCGGCUGCCACUGA